AUGAUAACACUACGAAGGAACCUAUUUAAAGGACGAUUAAACAAACUAAAACCUCCCCCGCCACCAAAACCUAAUCAUUAUGAAUAUUCAAUAUCACCUACAACAUAUACAUUCAAGGUACCAUCAUUCAACAGACCUUUAAAUCCAUUUCAAUUGAUAUAUCAAAAAGCAGUAAAUUUCCCAUUCGAAAGUUCAAUAAAUGAGACAUACACAUCAUAUCCACAUGUUACGUCAAAACAACAAUUAAAUAAAAAGACAAGACCGAAAGGUGUUAUAAUGACAACGUCUGAUUUCAUUGAAGAUCUGUUAUAUAAUAAGAAUUAUGGAUAUUUUAUGAAAGAAGUUGAAAUUUAUCAUUCUAAACCAUUUAAUUAUAAUCAAGUGGAAGAUAUAGAUGAUUUUAUAGAAGAAUGGGGUAAAUCAUAUUCAAAAUAUUCAAAGUCUUCACAACUAUGGCAUACACCAACAGAAUUAUUUAAUCCUUAUUAUGGUGAAAGUUUAGCUAGGUAUAUCUUAUUAAAUUAUAAAUUAAAUGGGAAUUAUCCCUAUGAAGAUUUGAUUAUUUAUGAAAUGGGAGGUGGUAAUGGUACAUUAAUGUGUAACAUAUUAAAUUACAUUAAAAAGCAUGAACCAGAAAUAUAUUCCAAUACUCAAUAUAAGAUAAUAGAAAUUUCAAAUCAAUUAGCUACGAAACAGAAAGAAUCUUAUACAAAGAAACUAAAAGAAGAAGGAUUGGAUUCAAAUAUUUUGACAAUACACAACAAGUCUAUCUUUGAAUGGGAUCAAGUGGUUGAAGAACCAUGUUUUUUCAUUGCACUUGAAGUAUUUGAUAAUUUUGCUCAUGAUAUGAUAGCAUAUGAUAUAAAUACUGGUGAACCAUUAGAAGGAAAAGUAUUAAUUGAUAAAAAGGGUGAUUUUUAUCAAUUUUUUACCAAUGAAUUAAGUGAAUACUCAAAUGCAUAUUUACAAUUACGAGAAAAUGGAAAAUUUUCAAUCUUAAAUCAACAAAAUACAUUAGCAGGAAAAUUAAAGUCUUUACAAAGCUUUUAUAAGUCUACUCAUCCCUUGUUGGAAUCAACAACCAAACUUAAAUUAAAAAAUUCAAUAUUACCAUUCAACGAUGAUUUAACACCACCUGAAUAUAUUCCAACAAGAUUAUUAAAAUUUUUCAAUAUCUUAAAACAUAAAUUUCCUAAUCAUUCAUUAAUUAGUUCUGAUUUUCAUGCAUUACCAAAUACCAUCAAAGGAUUUAAUGGACCUGUGGUACAAACAGUCUUAAAUAAAGAAACAAUCGAUGUAUCAACAUACAUGGUACAUCAAGGAUAUUUCGAUAUAAUGUUUGCCACAGAUUUCGAAAUGGCGAAUGAAUUAUACACCAAAAUUACAGGUAAAAUUUCUAAAAUAACCACCCAUAAAGACUUUUUAGAACAAUGGGCAGAUGUUGAUGCCACUACUACAAAAUAUGGAGAAAAUCCAAUGUUGGAUUUUUAUAGAAAUGUUAGUUUUUUAACAAGUUAA